ACAUACUCUUCCAUAUAUUAUACAUCCUCGCUUUUUUCCAUCUACUCUUUAUUAAUCAACUUAUUCCUCUCUUCUAUGAGUUACGCUUUUGCAUGUUCUCCGAUAUUGCCUAUGGGAACAUGUGAUUCCUUCUCAGUGGAAACUCAAGCAGCUUAUAUUAUAUCGAUACGAAUUCACACUCUCUACAAAAACAACUUUUAUCAACAACAACUACUUACCUAUUUCUUGACAACAACUAUUUACAAAGCUGCCAAUUUAACUUUACACACAAAAAGGAAACCCCAAACGAAGGGUGCUUCUUGACGUGGUGUUUGGGGUUUCUCACUAAUGCACGCGGCAAAGGCUUCCUUGUAGUAUUGCAAAUUUCCGAUUAUUAUCUUACAUUUUCUAACUAGAAAUAACAACAAUUCAAUGGAAAAUUAUUUCUCUCUGAGCGCUGAAAUCAACCAUCAUCAAAGAAAAACGAUGUUCAUGGCCAAAAACACUGGUUGAAUUCAAUUUAAAAAAUGAAGCCCUACAAUAAUGCAACAGUUGCCCAUACAAACCAAAGCACUAUCAAGCUGCCAACAAUUAUAAUAAUUCAUAAAAGAGAAACCCCCUUUCCUAAAUAAAAGCCUUUCUUCAUUCAUAAUGUUCCAAAUUGCUCCCCCCAUUAAAGUCCCAUAACUUUACUCAAUUUCCACUAACUACCCAAACUUGCAACAAAUAAUAUGCACUACACAAAUAAUAUUCCCUGCCUAUCCCUUAUAACUAAUCCACCUAAUGAUUAUACAAAUAACCAUAUACCCCAUACAAAGCCACCUAAGAAAAAAAUUCAUAUUUUCAUCCCUAUUCUCCUUCGAAAAAACUUGCAAAAAACAUUCGCACUGCUGCAGAGAAAAAAUCACUCGCACUCCUAUGUGACUUUUAAUUUGUACCACUGUCACAGGCGCUAGAGGGCUGGAAGCCUCCUCCUCUCCGUCUUCUGCUCCCUGCUCUCUAGCCCUUGUGACAGUGAUGCGAGGAAAAAUCGUGUAGGAGCGUGAGUGAGUUUUGCAAAUAGACAGUGGAGCUUUUCUCUAACUUAUCAUUUUUCAAUUUACUGGGAAAUUCACCUCUGUUUGUUCGUAUUGUUCCGCAGCAAUAGGUUUUUCUAUAUAAUAGAUCUUUCAAAAGUUUGAGACUUGUAUAGAAAUUGUCAAAGAAAAGAUGAAAACCUUUGUCAAGAUAACAUCCCAUCAAAUCGAAAACAACCCUUUGCACAAGUCCAUGCUCUGCUGUGCCAUCAGUCUUGCCAGCAUACACUUGAAACUGAAGACAAUAGCCCGUCAUUGCCUCGCAUAGUGCCCAUAAUUUAAUCCCAAACUUUUUAGGCUUUUUUGGCAUAUAUUGCAAGAAUCCAAUUCUUGACUUUGUGCCAAUCAUUUGUUGAUCUAAGCUUAGAUUCUGGGAAGGACAGUACAUUUCCUGAAAAGAUUUAUUCAGGCUGGGCACAAUAUUUACAAGUUUGAAAAGCCUAUCUCUGUUUGGAUCAUUCCAGGGCAGAUCUUUAGAGUUAUCUACAAGAUGAAGAUAACGCAAAAGUUGUUUGAAACGGUUUCUUGUAAAAAUACCAGCAAACCAUGGCAUAUAAAAAAGACUUCCUUUUGACCAGUAGUCAUCCAUUUCUGGGAGGUUAGCAAUUCCCAUAGCAAUAUUCACACCAAUGAAUGGCAUUAUCUCUUCAGCAGUUGUUGCCGUCCAUUUCAUUGGUGAAGGUUUCAAAGUUGUCAAUUGUACUUGGUAGAGAUUUGUUUGCUCGGCUAUAUUUUUGAACAUUUCAUAGGAAAAGAAUAAGAAGGAAAAAUCCAAAGGGGAUUUUGCACUCAAAGCUUUUCUGCUCAGCCCGCUAUACUCCAAAAAUGGUUCAAAUUGGUUCGGGUUGACAAACGUCCCAGUUACUUCCUGCUAGGAAGAGUCACCAUCAGCUUUUUUCUUCAGUUCUUUGUUCUUAUCUGCUCUUUUUGUUACUGUUUGUUUUUGCUUUCCUUUUGCACACUUUUUUUUUGUACUGCCUUUUUUUGAUAACAUUCUUUGUUCUUGCUGACUGCAAUACAGCGAAGCUACUCUCAUUUUUGGAACCAUAAAAGCUACUCUUUGGUAUUUCUAAAAGUUUUUCAUUGGUCUCCCUCUGUAGCACUUGGCCUGUGUGUGAAUCCGGCUCAUCAUCUGAUUCCUCAGCACUCACAACCUCUACCUUUUGCAUAACCUCUUCCUUCAAGUAAAAUCAAAAUUUAAGUCAAAGAAAAUCAAAUUUGCAAUGUUUUGCAAUGAGAUUGGAUAGUAUAGAUUUAUAGGGAGGAUAAUGACCCUUUUGGCCUACAACGCUACAUCCUUGCGAUAGAAGAACCGACAAAUUCUAAUUUUACUUGAAUAAACUAAUAAACAUUGCUGUAUUUCUACAAAAUCUAGAAUAGAAUUAUCAAGCUUGAAAGGAGUAAACUUACCUCACUCUCUAGCAGUUUUUCUCUCAAAGAUUUCUAUAAGGAAACAUAAUAUGUGCUGAGAACAUGUCACUUGUGACGUCAAAGAUGAUCGCCCAAUUGUAACAAUUUUCGUCUUGAGUCUCACUUAAAACACCUGUUUUUCAAAAACAGUAAAUGUGGUUUAAAUUUUAUUUCAUCCUAGAAUUUGCUUGUCACAAAUUAUCGUUUAAGCCAAACUUAUUUUUGCGUGUCAGUUACCCUUUAACCCUGGCACCACUUUCAUGAUCAUUUUCCAAAGUGAGCUACAGACUACAUGGUAAGAGUAGCAAGAAGAAUAGUGCAAUCAUUGGGUGAUUUGGUCUUUUCAAGACAGCCGUGUCUUACUUCAUCACAUACAUCAAAACCCCUGCAUGGUCCGAAUAAUUCACAACAAUAGCAUGUUGCUGUUUGAUGUGCUGCUAAACUUUGAUCUACCUUUGGGCUUUGAUCAACCGUUAGGGAGGUUUAGAUUGAAGACAAGGACAAGAAUGAGGACAAAGUCAAUAAGUGCGCAUUCGAUCUGCGCAUAUUUGGCGGGAAUCACCAUAGCGGUGCGUUCACAAAUAGUUAGUUCACAACAAAGUUUGCAGAAAGAUCGUCGCAUCGAGAACAAAGUUUUUUUAAAUUCAUAGACGCCGAGAAAAUGGAAAAUAGUACCUUAAAAAUGCCAAGGGAUUUUAUUCGGGAAAAAGUUUAUGAUGAAUGUCCUGUGACUGAGCUUUCGGUUGUUGCGCCGUAUAACCACAAACCUGGCUCAAAGCAGUACAUUCUCGCAUCAAAAACAGAGCUAUAUUCUGUUUCAAAGUAGUUCAAAAAACGGAAGAUAUAUCUGUUGUUGUUAAGACCUUUUCAGCUAUUGCAAAUGCGCAUAAAUAUUUGCGCACACGAUGUGAUGCCAUAAUCAAGUAAUGGCGGAGAGAUGUGGGAAGAAAGAUAGUCCUGGUGGUCCCUGUUCUUCUGCCAGUGAAGCUGAUGUUAAGUUACGUCGGUUGGAGAGCAAAUAUCAAAGGCUCACAAGCCAGCUUUCGAACUCCCUUCUCGAACUAAGAAGUGAAUGCAAGGCACGGAAGCGGGGGAAAGGACAUCAGAUUCAGUCUGCUUCAAGAAAGCCAACCGCGGUGUUUGGAUUUCACGAAAGAGAUUCGAAAAGAAAAGACUACAAUAGGAAACAGCGCGAAUGGUAUGAGCUACGGAAGGGGAAAAAGAGUAGACAAAAGAAUGUUGGAGGUGCUAGGGAAGAGGAAAGCUUGGCGAAUGAUAACUGUUCCGAUGAUGAUGGUGGUAUAAUAGGUGCAGAUGAGGAUAAUUAUGUUCCAUCAAAUGAAAUCGAAGAUGAUGAUCAACAUGAGCAUGAAUUAGCCAAGUUGAUUGCAGAAUGUAAAGAGUUAAUUUCCUCCGACACAUCAGAAGCAAAACAGAGAUCAUGGAGAGAUCGAAUGGAACUGCUCAAUGAUAGCUGGUCUGGCCAAAGGGAGCAAUUAAUGGAGGUUGUGCUGGAAUGCGAAACACCGUCUUCGUCAUUCUGUGAAGUGUGCUGUGUGGCAGAGCCAGUUUUGUCAUGCACUGAUUGCAAAAGCUGGGGCUACUGCUUAUGCGAGACAUGUGAUGAUGAAGUUCAUUCUGUCCAACCAUUCCAUAAUCGCAAAAGCUUUGUGGCGGGUUUUUUCAAAGCAUUCUCUCCAGAAAAACAUGUGCUUACAAAGGGGGAUGCGAUUAUGACCAAAGAAAGUUUUUUAUACCUCAAGCCAAGGAAAUGUAGCAGCUGUAAGAUAGCAAUUCGCAGCUCAUCACUUGAAUUUGACAGUCGCGUGCUAUCUAGUUGCAAUGUCUUGACAAUGAAGGGCCGCUACGACUUCUCUGUUCCACAAGUUGUAUGCCAGAAUUGUGGACACUGUAACAGUACUUUAAAUGCAAGAACUGUGAUUGAAAAUGGUUAUUGGCCGUGUUCAGUUGAGAAUGUAACCUCAAUUGUUCACCUUGAUGUGUUCGAGUUUUGGAAUUCUUUGCAGAAACUGCAACCAAAUUCAUCUGAAUCUUGUUUCAUUCAUGUGCUUGAAGGGAUUUCAGAUGGUAAUGGCAGGGUAUACUGUUUUUCAUCCAAUGCACUGAACAUGUAUCGUGGGGAAAUCUAUGCAUAUCCUCUUCUGCUCCAGCAACAGUUCGUGAAACCAAAUGUGGUCACAUAUUUUUGGCAAGAUGUUAUUUGCAAAUAUUGGCCAUGGCUAGAGAAAGUGAAUGCACAAUUAUCAAAAGCAAUGAUACCAGCACUUUCUGUAAUGCAUGGAAAAGGACAUGCAUGGCAUUGUGAGGUAAUUUAUGGUGGAAGAUGGGUGGAAGGGACAGCCCUGGCAAAUGGGGAGGAAGUUGAGCAGGUUAACAGUUACCUGUCCAAAGCAGCACAUAUAACAAAGCGGAUGCUCCCAUCAAAUCGAGAUGAAUUACUGACUGAAUGUGCUGAGUCAUGGAACAGAAGAAAAAUCGAGAAGAUGCCACAACAAUUAGCGCAAAGAUAUGUCAGGACAAGAAAAUCACUGAAAACCCUGCAGGUGGAACUAAAUAAAAUUUGCAGUGAAAACCAGAUUGACUUCAAACAGUGGAAAAAUGAAAUUCAAGAAAUUGCUCGCGGUAAAUUCGUUUUUUAAAC